AGCUGGCCUCAUCAGUCAUCACCAUCUCAAACAAAGCGCCGCAUGUCACCACUCACCACAGAGCGUCGCUCAAGUACUGACAAAAACCAUAAGAUCUAGCAUUUUGCGCUGCAAGCAAACCCUAAACCCUUGUAGACCUGCUUUGAUCAGAUAACGAAAUUAGAAUGGCGGUGAUUCCGGAGAUAAGGCUAGGCGAUGGUGUGAAGGCUAUGCCGGCUGUGGGAAUGGGGACGGCCGAUGUGCCCUUCGCGCCGGCGAGCACCAAACCAGCUAUCCUCCACGCUAUGGAGCUCGGCUAUCGCCACUUCGACACGGCCUCUCUCUAUGAGACGGAGCAGAUUCUCGGCGAGGCGAUCAUCGAAGCGCUGAGCAUCGGUCUCAUCGCUUCUCGCAGUGAGCUCUUCAUUACCACCAAGCUAUGGUGCGACCAAGCCCACCCUGACCUUGUAGUUUCCGCUCUACGCGAGUCACUCAGAAAUCUCCAAUUGGAUUACAUAGAUCUUUAUCUAAUCCACAUGCCUCUGAGCUCAAAGCCAGGCACAUGCCGCCUUCUCAUAAAGAGAGAUGAUGCAUUGCCUUUGGAUAUCAAAUCAGUAUGGAAAGCCAUGGAGGACUGUCAGAAGCUUGGUCUUACCAACUUAAUUGGUGUCAGCAAUUUUUCUCCACAUAUGAUUGACAAGCUGCUUGUUACAGCUGAAGUACCUCCGUCUGUGAAUCAGGUGGAGAUGCAUCCUGCUUGGCAGCAAGUGAAGUUGAGGGAAUAUUGUAAGGAGAAGGGAAUUCAUGUGACGGCUUACUCACCACUAGGAGGAUAUAACGGUCCACUGUUUAAAAACCAACUCAUGGAAUCUGAGGUGCUCAAUGGUAUAGCCAAGGCUAGAGGAAAAACUUUCGCUCAGAUUUGUCUAAGAUGGGUGCUCGAACAAGGUGUCAGCUUGGUUGUGAAGAGCUUCAACAAAGAGAGGUUAAAAGAGAAUCUUCAAAUUUUUGACUGGGAGCUAAACCAAGAAGAACGCCAAAAAAUUGACCAAAUUCCUCAACGCAAGAACUUCGGUCUCAAGUCCAUUCUCUCCACUGAAGGAAAAUUAUGCUUCGAGCUUUCAGAUUUCGAAAUCUACUAAGGUUUCAUUUGGGACAGUUUUCUUAUUAUUUUUUAAAGCAGCUUUUUAAUACAGAAGUUUUAACUUUUGUACUAAAAAACUGUUUCAGAAAGCCGUAAGAAUGCCAUCCCAAAUGAAGCCUAAGUUUCCUUAGUUUGUUGUUUUGUUCAUCCUUACAUAAACUACUAUACAUGAAUAAUAAUUGCGAUAAAUUAAUGAAUAAUAUUCCCAUUUA